UGAGAGGUCAACUCCAAACCGAGGAUGCUGCUCCGAGGUCAGAUGUCGAUGCUCGCGGGCCAGAGAAUGAAAGAAAACUACAGAGAAGAAGGAAGAAACAAAAAAGGCUAUUCUGAUUCUAUUUCUCUCGCUUUCCUCUUCCUUUUCAUUUUGCUUCUCCACUUUUCUUUCCCCGCAGGAAUAUAAUCCGGCUUCCGAAAUAGAAAGCCCAAGCCGCUCUCUUUCUCUUUCUCACGCGAAACAUCUUUCCUCCAUUGAAACUAUAUGGGGAUGAACUCUUAUCGAACUCAAGCCGAGCUGGUGUUUAGGAGCUUUAUGUUUUCAGAUUUGCACAUGGCUUACAGUUCAGUUAUAUUCGGCAUUGUUAUGUGCAAAAUGGUAUAUAAUCUUAGCCAAAUGAUUACGGUUUCAUGCUAUAAGGGAUUCUCCAACCUCUCAAAACCCCAACAGAUUGAGUGGAACAACCGUGCAAUAUCUACAGUUCACUCUAUGUUCAUCACAGCAAUGUCACUCUACAUUGUAUUCUGGUCAAAUGUAUUUUCUGAUUAUCAGCUUUCUGGCCUUAUUACUUCCCGAAACUCAGCUCUGUCAACGUGUGUACUAGGAGUUUCUGUGGGAUACUUCCUCGUUGAUCUUGGGAUGAUCAUUUGGUGUUAUCCUAAACUAGGGGGGAUGGAGUAUGUGGCUCAUCACCUUCUUUCCAUGAUAGCUCUAACAUAUGCUAUGUUGACCAGCGAGGGACAACUUUAUACCUUUAUGGUCUUGAUUUCUGAGGCAACUACUCCAAGCAUCAAUUUGAGAUGGUAUCUUGAUGUUGCUGGAAUGAAGAAAACCAAAGCAUAUCUUAUCAAUGGAGUGGUCAUAUUUUUAGCUUGGAUGCUGGCCAGAAUAUUGUUGUUCAUGUACUUGUUUUAUCACAUCUAUCUCCACUAUGACCAGGUGAAGCAGAUGCACAUGUACACGCUCUUCUUGGUUUUCGUUGUUCCAUCUGGCCUAUCCAUCAUGAACCUGAUGUGGUUUGGGAGGAUCAUCUCUGGAUUGAAGAAGACGCUAGCGAAGAGGCACUAAUCCAGAUCAAGUUAUUCACUCCUACAAAGAUGAACCAGUGGUGGUCCUGUAACUAACAGUACACCGAGUAUGUAUGCCUACAAAGAGUCACUAGGGGUCCUAGGACGAUAACCAUUAACCACUGCAGACAUGUUUGUAUAUGCUCUCAGGAAACAUACCCCAUUGUAUACCCUUAAACAAAAACAAUUGCAACAAAUAUAUAUUGAUCUGUUUAGUAGUAUUCGAGUAUCAAAUACAGAUAUUGUGAAGGCGUAUGUGGACUGGUGGACACAACAAACAAUGGAAGUACAGUAUAAGCUCAUAGGCCUCCACGCCUCCACCAUAGUUAUGUAGAUUUCUACCCAUUCUGUCGCGAUUCAAAAAGUUAUGUUGGAAAUUUGGAAUGUGUCUGUGUUUACGUAGUUACAUAUAUAUACUACGUAUAUACGUAGUAUUUAUCUAAAUUCCGUGUAUACAACUUCACAAAGGAAUGAGUGAAGAACCAACCCCAUGGGUAAGUGAUUCUUUUGUAAGGUUAUACUUGAUGACUAGUGAUGAGUGAACACCGCAAAUGUUAAUAUAUGAAUAUGAUGUAUGCAUUCUUGACGGCAUGAAUAAACAGAGUCGAUAUUAAAUUGGUCACAA